AUGGUGGUCGGAUCCAAAGAAGCUUGCGGAAGGACUUUUGCUCAAGCUUUGGAACCCCGACCUAGUGUUGUUCUCCGACGCGUCUUCCACGGGUUGGGGAGCAACACUAGGAGGGAGAGAAGUGUCAGACACCUGGAGAGGGGAACAGGUGUCCUGGCACAUAAAUCUCAAAGAACUUUCAGCGAUUUACCUUGCACUAAGGUUCUUUCAAGAGGAAGUCUCCAACAAAGUGGUUCAGAUAAACUCAGACAACACCUCAGCCCUGGCAUACCUCAGGAAACAAGGGGGAACUCACUCUCCUUCUCUGUUCGCCAUCGCGAAGGAUGUCCUGAUAUGGGCGAAGUCGCAAGACGUCACGAUCCUGACAAGAUUCAUGUCAGGUGUGGAGAACGUGCGAGCAGACCUUCUCAGUUGGCAAGGACAGCUCCUGCCGACGGAAUGGACCCUUCAUCAGGAGCUUGUUUUAUUUUACAGUUACAGAAUAUACAGAACAUUAUCCAUCUUACCAAGGAGUACAUAGAUGACCUUAACUCCAGGUUUGCCGGAUUUCAGCAUCCUCCUUCUCUGUACCUAACGGAAUAUAAUGAGUUGACUGGAAAAUUGCACAGGUUUGAGGCAAAAGAACAAGAAAUUCUUGAACGACUUAAUCAACAGCAGGCAAAUUCUGAAAAUGCACCCCAAACAAAUGGUUGCCAUGAAGAUCUUUCUGAGGCUACCCAACCUGUUUCAUCUGAGGAUGGUGAAGCAAACUUUCAAGUUUCUUCCCAAAUGCCCAGCAGUAAUGGUGCUUGGGAAGAGGUGACUAGAUCAACUCCACAGUCUCCAUUAAGGUCUGUUGUUAGAGCACAUUUACCAAACAAACAAAGAACAACAGUUCAGGUGCAGCCUGGGCGAACUCUAAGGGAUGCUUUGGCCAAAGCUCUUAGCUUUCGCAAGUUGUCACCUGAUGUAUGCAUUGUGUAUAGGAAAACAAAUCCAAAGGUGCGUAUGUCCUGGGAUGCGGACAUCGCUCUUUUGGAGGGUGAAGAAAUUGUUGUUGAGGUUUUGGAGAAGUUUCCUGUUACAACCUCUAUCUCUCAUAAUUUUAUUAGAAGAACAUUCUUUUCAUUAGCAUUCUGUGAUAACUGUCGAAGACUUCUAUUCCACGGGUUUGUAUGUCGCACAUGCGGCUAUCGAUUUCAUCAAAGGUGUUCUGUUGGCGUUCCCACGUUAUGUCAACAAGACCAACGUAUUACAAAUAAUAUUUAUCAACAUUUAUUAGCAUCUUGUCAAGAUAACCCUGCAGGUAUAUUGACCUCAACGGGUUAUGGUGGUCCUACGGGAGUACAUCAUCCAUUAAUAGGUCCAUAUGGGGGACAGUAUGGUGGUAAUUAUAUGGAAAAUUAUAGAUAUGCUACACAGUAUCAUGGGGUUGGUCCUGGUGGUCAGGUUCCCCCUACCUUACCUCGUCCUGCCCCUGCACCUUUAGCGCCGCGCGAUCGCUCGUCUUCAGCACCAAAUGUCUGCAUCAACUUGGUGAAUCCAAAUACGCCGUCAGAUGCACCAUGUUUUGUGGAGUUUGCACAGAGAAUGGGAAGGCCUUAUAAUCCUACAAGUCCAGACAUCCACUUCUUUGGUUCAUCUACAUUCUACCUGCAUGAUAGGGGAGGGGGUACAUCAAGCCCCACUAUACCUAACAGCAACCAAAUUAUGGCCCCCUCCCCAGGGUAUGCAGCAGGAGGUGUAUUAGCCCCGCCUCCACCAACGAGUCCCACGAGCAGUCCCACCAGGCCAGUUCAGGGUUCACACUCGGCGCAGGCAUCCCCUACUAAUACUCUCAGGACUGUGCGGCCCAGAGCGCGGUCAGCCGAUGAGUCCGUAUCUGGCAAGAAGGUCAGACAAUCAUCCAAAGAUACCGUAGAAGAGUGGGAAAUUCCAGUCGACGAAAUAUUGAUUGGCAAUCGAAUAGGUUCUGGGUCCUUUGGAACAGUGUAUCGUGGUCACUGGCAUGGGCCUGUAGCGGUAAAAACACUGAAAGUUCGUGAUCCCACACCUGCACAGUACUCUGCCUUUAAAAAUGAAGUUUCAGUCCUAAAGAAGACUAGACAUGUUAAUAUUUUGUUAUUUAUGGGCUGCGUUAAAUAUCAACAAUUAGCAAUUGUCACCCAGUGGUGCGAAGGAUCUAGCCUUUAUAAACACCUGCACGUACAAGAAACAAAGUUUGAGUUAAUGAGAAUAAUUGAUAUAGCAAGGCAAACAUCUCAAGGCAUGGAUUACCUCCAUGCAAAGAAUAUUAUUCAUAGGGACUUAAAAAGUAAUAAUAUCUUCCUUCAUGAUGAUUAUACUGUUAAAAUUGGUGACUUCGGUUUAGCGACAGUCAAGGGUGGCAGGUGGACCCAAGAAAGUCCAGGAGGAAGACAGAUUCAACAACCCUCAGGGUCUAUUCUUUGGAUGGCCCCUGAGGUUAUUCGUAUGCAAGAUGAAAAUCCUUAUACCUUCCAGAGUGAUGUAUAUGCAUUUGGGAUAGUCUUAUAUGAAUUAUUUUCUGGCUGUCUCCCAUAUUCACAUAUAAACAAUAAGGACCAGAUACUCUUUAUGGUAGGUCGAGGGUUGCUUAGGCCAGAUAUGACUUACUUAAGGUCUGACAUGCCCAAGCCAAUUCGUCGUGUCCUAGAUGAUUGUAUUAAAUACAAUCGUGAUGAUAGACCAUUAUUCCCACAGAUCCUAGCCAAUAUAGAAUCACUUGUGCGUUCCCUGCCAAAGAUCCAUCGCUCAGCAAGUGAGCCAACGCUUACACGCACACACCUCAAUACUGAUGACAUGCUAUAUGUAUGUGCAUCACCCAAGACCCCCAUCAACUCUGGCGCCUUCCUCUUUUCGACUGCAGGCAACAUAUAACGUGCACUUUGUAGGGUUUUAAAGUUCUCCCAAAGUGACACUGUGAUGUCCCACAGUGACCCUUAAUCAGUAUCCAGGGUACUUUGCAGUGCUUAUCAGUGUCAACACAAAUGGAAUUUGCCAAUGAAAUUCUCUAAAGUCUUCAGAAAUGGAUUAUUUGAGAUGUUUCUGAUAUAUUGUGUUUUAUCCAAGGUACUUUUCAAAAUUUAUAUAUGAACAAAUUUUUUUUUUUGCUUGAAGGAAAUUUGCUGGUUAAAUAGAAUGGAACUUCCUUUCUGUUGACUCUAAUACUCCACUGAAUGUCUUUGGACAACAGAAUUGCCCCAUAUUGCUGUGUCCUUUUAUGACUUGACCAGCUGGCAUGUCCCUAUGCAGCCUACAGCUCCCUUUAAAGAUAAAAUUGAAACAUACAUAUAUCUAUAUAUAAAAAAAAGUGGAAACCCUGAGUUGCAAAGUUGUCACAUCGACCAGUCAGACAUCGCAAACUAGUUUCAGAAGCACCAACCACUUUUCCUCCAGUUGGACUUAUUGCAUCACAAUCAUUUCAUUGCCUGAGUUUUGUUCUUAAUGUGUUUAAUGAAUUCUCUUUGUCCAGGAAGUUUUAGAAAAAAGAAGACUUGUAGAUCUUGUGUAUGUUUCAAUUAUGUCACCAUUCCUUAACCAGUUUAUGACCCAGGUAUUAUAAUCUGCAGAUACAAAUCACAGUAUUACUAUUACGUCAGCCAGUGUUUGUUUCCGAGAUGCUGUUGCUGAGUAUCUUAAAUAGUGAUGUAUGAAGUUACAACUGAUGGAGUUUUCCUUUAUAUUCUAUUGUAACCAUUUUUGUAAAUGAUGAUUUAAUAAUGUAGUGUACUUUGCUGUAUAUGUACUUGAGCAGGUCCUGCAAAUCAAGCUUAACACUUUACUUUUUUUCAUUUUAGAUACCAUUCAGUGUUAAAUGAAUACACAGCAUAUUGUGUACACCCUUUAGUUGUCAGGAUAUUUUGAAAGGCUGAAAGCAAUGUAGUUGAAUAUCAUUUGCAUAUUUUUUAUUAAGAAAUCUUUUGGAAGCCUUUUUUUAUGUUAAGCCACCUGUAUUUUACAUAAAGCCUUGAUAGAAUUUUUGUGAUUCCAGAUUUUUUAAAUGCAUUUAUAUAUAAGCUUUUUAUUGAUCAUGCUAUUAUAUUUUAUUUCACUAUUUUCUGCUAGAUUUUAUUAUAUUUAAAACUUGGGAAUUAGUUUUAUAUUUACAUUGGCAUUUUAUACUUAAAAGAUAUAUGUGCAUUCUCCAGCAGCAAAUGUUGAGCUACACUUAUUGGAAAGAAAAAUUUUUAUCCACACUAUGAAUAGUAUUUCAUCACUAUGCAAUUGUUAACCAUUUAUUGAGGUCACAUUUCCAUGUGAGUCAGGUGUCAGAAGCUGUAGAUUGUGAUACAAGUGUGUGAUAGAUGAAUCCAGUGACAAGCCAGAAGACGACCUGUGGGCCCUCAUGGUUUCAGUCAUAACCCUUCCCCGUUCCUUGUCCUUCCUAUCCUCAUCUCAGAACUGGCCCUUUCCCCGAUCUCCUCCUGUCUUCCCAUUCUCUAACUCAUGCUCUGUACCCAGGACAUUCACAAGUCCGUUUAUGGCAGGCAAUACUGUCUGUGAAACGGUCGUGCAGUCAUCCCCGCAUCUCAUUACCACAUUUGUUUUAUCAUCAUCAAAAUGUUACUCUGUAUCAGCUUUAACCAUUUUAAAAUAAAAGACGAGCUUCCU